AUGACUCGCGCGACUCUUCCUGGGGUUGUUCCCGUUGAAAACGAUGAUGAGAAUACUAAGAAGAAGAACAACAAAAAGAACAACAAAAGAAAGAUGAAAACCAAAAUCGCCGCCAAAAUCAUCGACGAGGAGCUCCACACCCUCAAGAAGAAGUACUACGCGUCCGCCUCCGGACGCUCCUUAAAAGAGACGAUAUCUUCGAAAAAAGAUACCAUCAUCAGCGACAAGAAAACGAGAGGAAAAUUCGAACGCGCGAUGGAGUUGGACGAAAGCGCAGCUUUGGAGAACGCGAGACGAGAACGAUACCUCUCGAUGGAACCGUCGGGUGUUUUAGAGGCGGAAACGGAGAAAGGCGAACGGACGUGGCGGUUUCAACAGAGCGAGAUUAUCGCGCACGUGGAUGUGAACGCGAAGAAGAAAGCGUUUGAUUUACGUUUGGAAGGGUCUGGCCCGUAUAGGUCUGUUGAUUUUUCGCCGAACGGGCAACAUUUGGUCAUCGGCGGGAGCGGCGACGGCGGGCACGUGGCGAACGUGGAGUGGAAUAAGCAUAAACUGUUGAGCGAGAUUUAUUUGGACGAGAACAAGGACGAUGAGAAUAUGAGAGAGGUAGGGGUAAUACCUGCGGUGAAAUGCGUGAAGUAUUUACACAACACGGAGUUUUUCGCGGUGGCGCAGACGAAAUACACGUACAUUUACGAUAAGAGAGGGUUGGAGAUUCACCGGUUGGAUAAACACAGAGACGUGUUCGCGAUGGAUUUUCUGCCGAAACAUUUUUUGUUGACGACGGUUGGGAGGGAAGGCAUCGUUCGGUGGCAAGAUACCACGCACGGGGAGAUUGUCGCCGAACACAGAACAAAGUUAGGGAAGUGCUCGGUUCUGAGACGGUCGGAAUAUAACGCGGUGACGCAUUUAGGGCAUUCCAACGGCACCGUGACGUUGUGGUCGCCGAAUCAAGGUCAAGCUUUGGUGAAAAUGUUGUGUCAUCGAGGACGAGUGAACGCGUUAGCGCUCGACCAAAGCGGUCGGUACAUGGCUACGACUGGGUUAGAUUGUCAAAUUAAAGUUUGGGAUUUACGUAAAUACCAAGAGUUGCACGCGUAUUACGCGCCGACUGAGGUGAAAGCGAUGGAUAUCUCCCAACGAGGCAUGUUGGCGAUUUCGUACGGCUCGAGAGUGCAAAUAUGGAACGAGGCUUUGACGACGAAGGCGAAAUCGCCGUAUUUAAACCAUCAAUUUGUGAACGGGAGUAAAGUGUUCGACGUGAAGUUCUGCCCGUACGAGGACGUGUUAGCCGUUGGACACUCCAAAGGCGUCACGAACAUUCUCGUCCCGGGGUCCGGCGAACCGAACUACGACACGUUCGUCGCCAACCCGUUUGAAACCAAAAACCAACGACGAGAGAUGGAAGUCGCGAAGUUAUUGGAUAAGCUCCCCUCAGAAAUGAUUCAGCUCGAUCCAAACGCUAUCGGCCAAUUGAGAGACGUCCCGAAAGAGGUACAAAAAGAACGCCGCGAAGCCGCUUUGCGCGCGGAAAUGGAAGCCAAAAUGAAACAACGAGAAAAGAACGAAUCCAAGACGAAAAUGAAAGGUAAAAACAGAGCGAGCAAACGCUACCGAAAGAAGCAAAUCAACGUCAUCGACGACAAAAUGAUGGCCAAAUUAGAAGCAAAGAAAGCGAGGGAGGAAGGGUACAAGAAACGCGCCAACGAACAAGGUCGGGCGAAACCGGGCGUUCGAGCCGGAGCGGCUUCGGACGCGCCGAGGAAACCGGACGACGCGCCGGACGCGUUGCGUCGGUUUUAUAAGUAG